AUGAACGACACCUCCAAGCUGCUGGCGGAGGGGUCCGAGCAGUGUUCCACCUGCGAGUUCCGGGAGCACAGCAGACUCAUGCGGCUGCACAGCAUCAAGUCUCAGAUCCUGAGCAUCCUGCGGCUGGAGCAGGCGCCCAACAUCAGCCGCGACAUGAUCCGCCAGCUGCUGCCCAAAGCGCCGCCGCUCACGCAGCUCCUGGAUCAGUACGAUCCGCGCGUGGAGGACGAGGACCUCGCCACGACCGAGACCAUCAUCACCAUGGCCACCAAGCCCAAUCCGAUCGCACAGGACGACCUGGCCUCCUGCUGCCUGUUCAGCCUCAGCCCGAAGAUCCAGCCCAAGAACAUCCUGAGUGCUCAGCUGUGGGUUCACCUGCGGCCAGCCGACGUCGUCACCACCGUCUUCCUGCAGAUCUCGCGGCUGAAGCCUGGCAAGGAGGGUAACAACACGCGCGUCCGCAUCCGCUCGCUCAAGAUCGACACGGAUGCAGGCGCUGGCUCCUGGCAGAGCAUUGACAUCAAGUCCCUGCUACAGGCAUGGCUGCGGCAGCCCGAGACCAACUAUGGCAUCGAGAUCAACGCCUACGACUCCCGAGGAGAGGACCUGGCUGUCACGUCGGCCGAGCCCGGGGAGGAGGGCCUGCAACCCUUCAUCGAGGUGAAGAUCCUCGACAGCUCCAAGAGAUCCCGCCGUGACUCGGGCCUCAACUGCGACGAGGAGUCGGUGGAGACGCGAUGCUGCCGCUACCCGCUCACCGUUGACUUUGAGGAGUUCGGCUGGGACUGGAUCAUCGCACCCAAACGCUACCGGGCCAACUACUGCUCAGGAGAGUGUGAGUACAUGCACCUGCAGAAGUACCCGCACACCCAUCUGGUGAACAAGGCCAACCCCCGGGGCACGGCGGGGCCCUGCUGCACGCCCACCAAGAUGUCGCCUAUCAACAUGCUCUAUUUCAACCGCAAGGAGCAGAUCAUCUACGGGAAGAUCCCGUCCAUGGUGGUCGACCACUGUGGCUGCUCCUGACGGGGCAGGCGCAGAGUUUUAAGGGGAACCUGGGACUCGGUGUCAACUUCCAGA